AUGGCGGAAAGGGAGGUGGCCAGCGAGGACAGGCAGCCAGGUGAGAUAAAUGGGGAGAGAUACAACCUUCCUUUCCAGUCUCGCCAUCGGGAGUUUUGGAUAAACCAACAAGGGAAUAACAUCAUUGUUUGGACUAAAGAUGGGAUCACGGCCAUGUUUGACGGGUAUUACUAUGUGUCAGUCUGGAUACCGAGCACCUACUCUGAAUUAACCGAAGGCCUCUGCGGAAAUUUCAAUAAAAAUCCGGGCGAUGACACCCGCCUUCCGAAUGGCACCAUUGUCAAUGAUGUAGCGGUUUUUGGAGAGUCCUGGUCAAUAGAUAAACAUAGGUCGGGCUGCAGAGGAUGCUCUGGCGAUCAAUGUCCAAAGUGUGACAAAGCCAGCUUUGCUCUGGCCAAUUCACCAACAAAAUGUGGAAUGAUUUCAGAUCCCCAGGGACCGUUCAAAGAAUGCCAUCAACUGGCAAACCCGGAGAACUAUGUCAAGGGCUGUGCGUUUGAUGUAUGCAAUGGAGGUGGUGGUCAGGACGCUUUGUGUGCCAGUCUGCAAGCCUACACAGCACUGUGCCAAGAAAAAGGAGCAAAUGUUGGUGCUUGGAGGAACAUCGACAAUUGCUCACUUAGCUGUCCAGCCAACAGCCACUAUAGCCCAUGUACCCGAUCCUGUGAAUUCACCUGCUAUGGUCUACUGGCAUCCAGCCUUUGUAGUAAAGAGUGUUUCGAGGGAUGUGAGUGCGACCCCGGCUAUGUCUUCGACGGCGAUCAAUGCGUUUCUUUCGCCAAAUGUGGUUGCAUUCAUAACGAGAGAUAUUUGAAGGCCAAUGAAACAGUGCUAAGUGAGGACUGCACCCAAGAGUGCACUUGUAGCCCGACCUCUGGCAUGCACUGCCAGAACAGGAGCUGUACCGAAGAUGAGAUCUGUCAGAUUCGGGAUGGCUUGAGGUCUUGUGUUAACAAAGACCCAUGCAAAUACAAAACAUGCCGUGUGAAGGAGAACUGUCAAGUUCAAAACGAGAAAGCAGUCUGUGUGCCGGAUUAUGAGGGUCUGUGUUGGGCAUGGGGGGACCCUCAUCACCUCACGUUUGAUGGCAAGGAGUUUGAUUUCCAAGGAACCUGCACCUACACUUUGGCACAGUAUGCUGGCAAUGAUACCAGCCUGGAGCCAUUCAAGGUUACCAUUAAAAAUGACAACAGAGGAACCCAAGAUGUGUCUUAUGUCGGAAGGGUGAAGGUGACCAUGUAUGGCGUUACAGUUACCAUUCAAACUGGAGACUUCAAUAAGAUACGAGUCAAUGGUGAACUGACCAAUCUGCCACGCACUCUCGCUGAUGGAAGACUGAAAGUAAGCCAGAGUGGUAUGACAGCCAUGGUGGAAGCUCAGAACAAUGUUUUUGUGAGUUAUGACUGGAACGCGUUAGCUAUUGUAGUUAUUCCCAGUAGCUAUUACAACACAACUUCUGGACUGUGCGGCAACUUCAACCAGGAUCCAAACGAUGAGCAGAGCAGUCGUAAUGGGGCAGCGCUCCCUUCAAUCACAGAAUGGAUAAAAGAAUGGAAGGAGGAUGACCAGGAUCUUUUCUGUUUUGAUGAGUGUCCCGGACAGUGUCGAAACUGUGACAAGGACAAGAAGGCUCAGUACAGAGGGGAUGAUCAGUGUGGUAUCCUUCUUAAAGAGGAUGGCCCUUUCAGAGACUGUAUUAAAAAAGUAAAUCCCAAAAAAUUCUUUGAACCCUGUCUCUUUGAUGUCUGUAUGAACGAUGGAGCAAAGGCCAUUCUGUGUCAAGCCCUGGAGACCUAUGCAAAGAUGUGCUUAAAUGAAGGCGUUAAGGUUUAUGAUUGGAGGAAAACUUCUGGUUGUCCAAUGUUAUGUAACAUUAAGAACAGCCAUUACAAUGCCUGUGGUAAUGCCUGUCCAGCUACUUGCUCUGACAAGAAUGCUCCAGCCACAUGUAAAAGAUCCUGUGUAGAGACUUGUGAGUGCAACGAAGGGACGGUCCUUAGUGGGGACAAGUGCGUUAACAUAUCAAGCUGUGGCUGCAACCACAACGGGCGAUAUCAUGAGCCUAACCAGUCCUGGCAUGAUGAGAAAUGUAGCACACUUUGCCAAUGCCAGUCGGGUCUCGGGAAGGUGGUUUGCCAACCAAGCAAAUGCAAAGACAGCGAGACCUGCACAGUGGUCAAUGGAAUACGAGGAUGUCAUCCUAAAGGGUUUUCAACCUGCAUAACCCAUGGAGAUCCUCAUCACCAGACAUUUGACGGAAAGAGAUUUGCAUUCAUGGGUGGUUGUAUCUACCAGUUGGUGAACGUAACGGAUCCCUUCUUGAAACACUUCUCCAUCACUGUUGAAAAUGAAAAGCGUGGUAACGAAGCUGUGUCCUUCACCAAAAGUGUGACCUUGCACCUGGACAGCCACACCAUGACUCUGAGCAGAGACCACCCACAACAGAUUAAGGUUGAUGGUAUAUUGAGGAGCUUGCCAUAUUUUCAUGAGCCAACAAGAACAAGAGCCUACCACUCAGGGGCUCUUAUAAACCUUCAAACAAGUUUUGGACUGGAUUUAAGCUAUGGGGGCUGGAAUUAUGUACGUGUAAUCUUACCAAGCACCUACACAGGCGCCGUAAAUGGUCUAUGUGGCAACAAUAAUGGAAAUCCAUCUGAUGACUUUGUCCAAAGAGAUGGGGUAACAGCAAAAGAUGUGAAGGAAUUUGGAGAGCACUGGAAAGUUGGAGAGUUUGCUGAGUGUAAGGGUGAAUGCUCUGACUGUUCAAAGUGCAAUGAUCAACAACGAGAGGUCUACAGGGGCAGCCAGUACUGCGGCCUUCUCAUGAAACCUGAUGGACCAUUUGGGCAAUGUCAUACCUCCAUUGAUCCGAAACCUUUCUUUGAUGACUGUGUGUUUGAUGCAUGUGAAUACAAAGGUCACCAGUCUGUAAUUUGUGAUAUCAUGGCUUCCUACGUUUAUGAGUGUCAAAGGAAUGGAUCCACGAUUAAGGAUUGGAGAACACCAUCUUUCUGUGAACUGACCUGCCCUCCAAACAGUCACUAUGAGCUCCUUGGAAAUGGUUGUCCUGCCACCUGCUUUGGUCUGAUUGCUCCACCAUCUUGCAUACAAUCUUAUACGGAAGGAUGCUACUGUGACAAUGGCUUCAUCCGCAGCGGUGAGGACUGCGUGUCAGUGUCAAAAUGUGGUUGUGUCUUUGAGAACACCUACUACAAAGAGGGACAGGAGUUCUACGCCGACAGUCUUUGCCAGAGGAAAUGCACAUGUGGCGCCAAUGGUGUAGCCACCUGCCAGGACAGCUCCUGCGGAGCCAACGCUGAAUGCAAAGUUGUGGAUGGAGUCCUAGGAUGCCACCCCAAAGAGUUUGGACAGUGUGUAGCUUGGGGAGACCCCCACUACAUCACUCCCGAUGGCCUGUACUACUCAUUCCAGGGCACCUGCACCUACACACUUCUUAGGGUGAAUCGAAAUAGUGAUGAAUUUGAAGUGAUGGUGAGCAAUGAACCAUAUCACAAUGUGGCAGUCACCAAAUCGGUCACAGUGAGAGUUGGAAAACACAUGAUUAGCUUGGAGAGAGGAAGACCGUGGAGUGCACUGAUCAAUGGAGAGAGAUACAACCUUCCUUACUACUCUCACAGUCAGGAGUUUUGGAUAAACCAACACGGCAACAAUGUCUUUGUUCAAACUAAAAAUUGGUUUACAGUCAUGUUUGACCAGCAACAUUGUGUGUCGGUCUGGAUACCGAGCACCUACUCUAGUUUAAUUGAAGGCCUCUGUGGAAAUUUCAACAAAAAUUCUAAGGAUGAAUUCCGCCUUCCAAAUGGCACCAUCGCCAGUGAUGUCACAGUUUUCGGUGAGUCCUGGGUAGUAUCUAGAGAUGGAUCUGACUGCAGAGGAUGUUCUGGUGACCAAUGUCCAAGGUGUGAUGAGGCCGGCACUGCUUUGGCCAGAUCCCCCACUAAGUGUGGAAUGAUUGCGGACCCUGAAGGUCCAUUAAAAGACUGUCACCGCCUUGUGCAACCAGCUACAUAUGUCAACAGCUGCGUCUAUGACAUUUGCAACGGACGUGGUGGUCAAGAGGCUCUGUGUGCCAACCUGCAAGCCUACACAGCAUUGUGCCAAGAAAAAGGAGGCAACAUUGAAGCUUGGAGGAACCUCACAAGCUGCCCACUUACCUGUCCACCCAACAGCCAUUACAGCCAAUGUACCCAAUCCUGUAAAUUCACCUGUCAUGGAAUUCUGGCACCCAGCUCUUGUAGUAAGACAUGUUUCGAGGGAUGUGAGUGCGAUAAUGGCUACGUCUUUGAUGGAGAAAAUUGCGUUAGCAUUGACAAAUGUGGCUGCAUUCAUAAUGGAAGAUAUCUCAAGUUCAAUGAAUCAUUACUCAAUGACAAUUGCACCCAGGAAUGUACUUGUGAUCCAUCCGGACGUAGUACCUGCUCUAACAGGACCUGUGCCAAUGAUGAGAAAUGUCAGCUUCUGGAUGGAGCAAGGUCUUGUGUCAGCACAAAUCCAUGCAAAUUCACAACCUGCCGUCAAAAAGAGACCUGCCAAGUUCAAGACAACAAAGCGGUUUGCGUUCCGGAUUACACAGGCUCGUGCUGGGCCUGGGGCGACCCCCACUUCCGUAGUUUUGACGGCAGGGAAAUGGACUUCCAGGGCACCUGUACCUAUAUUCUUUCUCAGUAUGUUGGAUCCAACAGCUCCAGUAACUCCCUGGAGCCAUACGAGAUAACCAUCAAAAAUAACAACCGAGGAACCCAAGCCGCUUCCUUUGUCAAGUUGAUGAGAGUGAAAGUCUUUAAUUAUGAGAUUGUGAUCCAAUUUGGUGAUUUCCCGAAGAUUCAAGUCAAUGGUGUAAUGACAAAUCUUCCAGUUAGUCUCCUCGGUGGGAAGUUAAAUGCCAGUCGCAGUGGUCUUACGGCUGUUGUGGAAACUUCAUUUGGACUGGUUGCCACAUAUGAUUGGAACUGGCACUGCACAGUAUCUAUUCCCAGUAGCUAUUAUGACUCCACAUCUGGUAUGUGCGGAAACUUCAAUCAGGAUCCAAAAGAUGAUCAAAAAGCACCCAAUGGAACAAUAAUCAGCUCAGUUAUAGACUGGGCUUCAGAGUGGAAGGUUUAUGACCUAGAUCCAUUCUGUUUUGAUUACUGUCCGGGCGAAUGUCCGGUCUGUGACGAGGACAAAAAGCGCCAGUAUGGCGGCCAGAAUGCCUGCGGAAUGCUGUUCAAGGAGGAUGGUCCUUUCAGAGAGUGCCCUAAAAAAGUCAACCCCAAGAAUUUCUUUAAUGCCUGCCUGUUUGACGUCUGUAUGAAUGAUGGAGCGCAGAGCAUUCUAUGUCAAGCUCUAGAGGCCUUCUCAACCACCUGUUUAAGCCAAGGACUUCAGAUUUAUGAUUGGAGGACACCCUCUGGCUGCCCUAAGGUAUGUGAAGACAAAAACAGUCAUUACAAUGCUUGUGCAUCUGCUUGUCCUACCAGCUGUGCCGACAGAAAUGCCCCAGCCAAGUGCACAAGACCAUGCAUAGAAACCUGCGAGUGCAAUGCUGGUAUGGUCCUCAGCGGAGAUAAGUGCGUUCCCAUUACCAGCUGUGGCUGUCAGUAUAACGAUCAGUACUAUGAACCUAACCAGUCAUGGUAUGAUGAGGAAUGUGCCGUCCUCUGCAAAUGUGACCCCAUUUUGGGAACUGUAGACUGUCAGUCAACUAGUUGCAAAGAGACUGAGACCUGUAUGCUGUCCAACGGAAUACGAGGCUGCUACCCAACUGCAUAUUCAACUUGUGCAUCCAAUGGGGAUCCCCAUUACCGCACAUUUGAUGGCAAGAGAUUUCCAUUCAUGGGCAACUGUGUCUACCAGCUGGUGAAAAUGACGUCAAAUGACUCGUCCCUGAGUCGCUUUACAAUCAACGUUCUGAAUGACCACCGAGGGAACAACGCUGUGUCCUUCACCAAAGAUGUGAUCGCCGAAGUCCACAAUAAGACCAUAACCAUGAGUAAAGACUACCCACGACAGAUCAAGGUUGAUGGAAACCUUGUCGACUUACCCUACUAUUCAGACUCAACAAAGAUAAUGUCAUAUAUCUCAGGAAACAAUAUUAUCAUCAGAACUGGCUUCGAUAUCACAGUGACUUUUGACGGAUUGAACGCCGUCAGUGUGAAGCUCCCGAGUACCUACAGAGGGGCGGUUAGUGGACUGUGUGGUAACAAUAACGGAGACCCCUCAGAUGAUUUCACCUUUGGAGAUGGUGCAGCCGCCAGAACUGCAGAUGAAUUUGGAAACCGCUGGAAAGUGAAAGAAGUAGCAGGAUGUACGAGCACUUGUUCCGACUGUCCGAAAUGUACUGAGAAAGAAAAAAAAAUCUACGAAAGGGAAAAUUACUGCGGACUUCUCAAGAAACCCAAAGGACCCUUCAGCCAGUGUUAUCAUGCCAUUGACCCAACUCCUUAUUUUGACAACUGUGUGUUUGAUGCAUGUGCAUACAAAGGCCACCUGUCUGUUGUCUGUGCCAGCAUAGCAGCUUAUAUUUCAGACUGCCAAAGCAAUGGAUCUGUUAUCCAACCUUGGAGAAAGCCAUCAUUUUGUGAAAUGAAUUGCCCCUCAAAUAGUCAUUAUGAGCUCCUGGGUGACGGAUGCCCUGCUACUUGUUUUGGCCUCAUAGCUCCACCAGCCUGUAAGCAAUCCCACACCGAAGGCUGCUACUGCGAUAACGGUUUCAUCCUGAGUGGAAAAGAUUGCGUGGCUGUUUCAGAAUGCGGCUGCGUCUUUGAAAAAACCUACUACAAGGAGGGGCAGGAGUUCUACCCCGACAAACUCUGCCAGAGGAAAUGUACAUGUGACAUGCAAGGUACGGUCAACUGCAAAAACACAUCAUGCGGACUGGAUGAAGAAUGCAAAGUGGCCUAUGGAGUCUUGGGUUGCCAUCCCAAAGAGGUAGCCCAAUGCAUAGCCUGGGGCGACCCUCACUACAUCACCCCCGAUGGCCUGUACUAUGAUUUCCAAGGUACCUGCUCCUACAGGCUUAUCAGAGUGAAGAAAGGUCGGGUCUAUUUUGAUGUCACGGUAGAUAACGAACCAUUCGGCAAAAUGGCAGUCACUAAAUCUGUGAUUGUUACAGUUGGAAAUUAUGUUAUACACCUGGGAAGAGACACAGUCUGGACUGUUUUGAUCAACAGAGAGAAAUACAUUCUUCCGUGGCGUUCUCCGAACCAUGACAUCUGGAUCAACAAAGAAGGAAAUAAUGUAUUCAUUUAUUCCAAAUUUGGCUUCGUGGUUAUGUAUGACCAUUGGUCAUUUGUUUCAGUCUGGAUUCCAAGUUCAUACUCCGGCCUCUCUGAAGGUCUCUGCGGAAAUUACAACAAGAACCCCAAUGAUGAUUUCCGUCUUCCAAAUGGAUCCAUUGCCACUGAUAAAAUGGCUUUUGGUGAGUCUUGGAUUGUAGCUCGCCACGGGUCGGACUGCCGAGGAUGUUCUGGAGAUCAGUGUCCAACGUGUGAUAACGUUAGCUUCGCUGCGGCUAAUUCGACUACCAAGUGUGGAAUGAUUAUAGAUUCUCAGGGUCCAUUCAAGGAAUGCCAUCCACUGGUCAAACCUGAAGUAUAUUACCGAAGCUGUUUGGUUGAUGUCUGUUCUGGACGUCGAGGUCAAGAGGCUUUAUGUGCCAGUCUGCAAGCCUACGCAGCAUUAUGCCAAAAACAAGGAGCCAGAGUUGGAGCGUGGAGGAACAGCACUAAGUGCCCACUUGCAUGCCAGAAGAACAGUCACUAUGAGCCCUGCACCCGGACGUGUGACUUCACUUGCCAUGGACUCCUGGCGGCCAGCACCUGUAGCGAGCAAUGCUUUGAAGGAUGCCAGUGUGACACCGGCUACAUGUUUGAUGGCGAAAAAUGUGUAACAAUGGACAAAUGCGGUUGCACUCACAACGGAAGAUACCUCAAGGCCAAGGAAUCAGUGGUCAACGAGGAGUGCUCUCGCCGCUGUACCUGUCACUCGGGCAUUGUGUCCUGCGUCAAUGCAACUUGUGCAGCCAAUGAGCUGUGCCAGCUGAGAGACGAAGUUCGUGGAUGUCGUCCAAGGGAGUCCAAGUGCACGCUAAGCGGUGACCACCAUUUUAUUACGUUCGACGGGGUCUCAGGGAAGUUCCCUCUGCAUGGGUCCUAUGUACUGUCGUCGUCUUGCAACAGGAGCCAAGACAGCCAGUUUAUGAUUGUCGUUGAUAUCCCCAAAUGUGGUGGAAAGGAUGGAAAGAGUUCAUCGCUUCAAGUGCUUACUUCUCAUGGUUUGAUCUCAGUCAACGGAGAACAGGAGGUCUGGUUAAACGGAUGGGAGCUGAAAGACACGACUGAGCUUGGAGAUGGUGCAGUGAAGGUUAAUGUCUCCAAACCCGACAUAACCAUUGAGCUUCGCAAUAAGAUAACUGUGAUCUUUAAAGGAAACGAUGAAAUCCAGUUGAUUGCCAAGGAACGAAUAGCUGGACAAGUGUGUGGAUCUUGCGGGAACUUCAACAGAGAUGCCAGCGAUGAUCUUCCAUUAAAGAACGGCGAGCCAUCCAGAGACAUUGCUUACACAAUCCAUUCCUGGGCCGCAAAACACCUCUCCACAUGGUAA